ACUUUCCUAAUUUUUCAUUUAUUAUCAUUUUUUAAGUUAUUUCCUGCGGAGGAGAGUCGAAAAUAAAUAUUUGACUGUCUGAGUGGACAAAACAUUUUUCUGAUAGAACAGGCAUUGAAAUUUGAAUGUGAGAUUUCCUAUACUGUAGACGUCAAUUUCGCAUCCUUAAAAAGCAGCGUUGGAUGUUGAGUUCUCUGUUUUUUCUCCCCUUCCCGCUUUAUUCGUUUGGGAAGAGGGAUUGAAGCCGAUGGAAGAUGUGAAGCUCAGGGAGAAUGCUUAUAAGAUGGUGGAUUUCAUCGCUGAUUACUGUAAGAACAUCGAGAGCUUCCCUGUUCUCAGUCAAGCUCUGGUCACUUGCUACCUUUUUAUUUGGAAGCAAGAAAUUGAUGGGAAGUGCCUUGCUUCAUCAUUCACAAGGGGGCUCUUCUGUUGUAGGGAAAACAAAAAGAUUAAAAAAUCUUGUGAGAGGAAAUCAUUUCCAGGUCCUCUUUGGAAAGUACAUUCUACGUUGUGGCGUGGGAGUUCUAUUAACAGACGAGAACCAUGUAAAAGCAGCUAUGAAAGUGUUGCAAGAUGAGACCAUCAGCUUGUCAGGGAGGUUCUACAGUUUUGAUAUGCCGGUGAGUCUGUGGACAAAAUGACAGAUUGAGAUUUGUUCACAGAGAAAGCAAAGACUUGUUAACUAACUCAAAACUUGCUCAGUAGAAGGAGGUCAGAAGACUUGGGAAGCUUGGUUUGCUGGUUGCAAAUGCCGCAUCCAUGGUGGCAUGGUUGUCAUCCAAGUUCCACAGUCCUCCGCACUGAAAGUCAUCAUUCAAGGUCUCUGGGGCAGAGACAUCACUAUUGAACAUGAAAGAGAGUAGACAUUGUUCCUCAGAAGGGUUGGAAUACAUGGAAACCAUCUCCUGCCUCACUUGGUCCCUAUGCUCACUCUCAUCAAGUAGAGACAUGAUCUUUUUCAUAUCAAAUUGGUUUUGUUGCUGUUGUUGCUGCUGGUGUUGUUGUAGCUGCUGCUUUUGCAGCUGAAGCUGUUGUCGUCUGAAGAGUCGAGUUUUUGACUUCUCAGAGUGUUCUGAUGCAGAUUUUCCUUUCUUCUUGAAAUGGGUCCUCCAGUAGUUCUUGAUCUCAUUGUCUGUUCUCCCAGGUAAGCUCCGUGCAAUUGUUGACCACCUGAGAACAACAUAUUCUUCUUCAGCUAUAUGGUUUAUUUAUUUUGUUGUUCAAUUAAGUGUAGAUACUAAAGUAUGAGAAACAAUCCAUAAUGGACCAGUUUCUUACUUUAAAAACUUGGAAUAAGAAACAAUUGCCUUACCUGUUUCCCCA